ACCAAAUCUACCGCCAUGGAGAAGCGUUGAGUUUUUCUUUAUGCUCUAUGGUCGGGGAUAUCCAGAACUAUCGAUAACUUCACUCCAGUACUUGUUUUAUCCUGUGUGAGUUACUGAGUCGCAGAAUCGCAGUUCAGUCAUUCAUUUCAAGUUUAGCUGUUACAGUGAGUAAAACUCAUCGAAAACCCACCAACUGAUAAUAUCACCAUGUCGAAUCGACUACAUAAGAGCGGGGUCCUCACUGGAUCUUUGAACUGUUACUGCUUGGCAUGUGACACCUUCUUGAUGACUCAUCAAGAAGCUGAUGAUCAUGUAGGGACAUCUCCACAUCAGAAGAACCUUUUGGCAAUCUCAUACUCAGAUAAAUUUAAAGAUGAACAUAUAAGAAAGUUCCAAACGGGAUAUUACUGCGAGUUCUGCAACACACUGCUACCGACUGCCUCCAAAGUUAAUCUUCAUGUAACUGAUGAUGAGCACGUUAAAAAUAAAGGGUCUUGUCUUCUAAAAUCAAGGGGAGCUGGUGUUGUAGCUUUUGACAACAUUUUCAUUGAAGAGAACGCAUGGCAUGGCCUUAAUGACAGUGUUUGUUCAAUCUGCAACGAAGAAUUCGAUGACGGCGUGAAACACAAAGCGUCCGCAACACACUCUUUGAAUCUGGUCUUGAAAGACGUUCAGUUUGGUGCUGCCAACGCAAUCUAUCGUCAAAUAGACGACACUUCUUUGCAAUGUCUAACUUGCAACAAGUUACUGGUUGCUAGUAAAAUAAAAGCGCAUUCCGAUGAUGCGCAGCACUGUGAGCUUUAUGAUAAACAUCGCGUCGUAAGCAAUGGAGUUGAUCAUAAAGUAGAAAAUAAAAUUAAUAAAGAAGAAAACCAACAAAAAGCUGAAGACUCACCCAUUAUUGAGCUUCAAAAUGGGUUAAAAAAAACAAACAUAAACGAAAAUAAACCCACUGAAAGCAAAACUAAAAUACUUGAAUCGAUCACGAAGUACCAAAGUGCAGGAAUCAAUAUUAAUUUGGAAAUAGAAACAGCUUACUGUAAGAAAUGUUCUCAAGUAGUUAAAUUUAACUGCACUGAUAUAGAGAAGCAUUUAUCUGAACAUUCCACAAAUGGACCAGUUGACAACGCAUUGCAAUACCCUUCAAAUCCCGAUCAAAAUUUGAAUAGAGUUGAUAUAAAAGACAAGACAGCACAACCGUCCGACAACAGUAUAGAAAUUGAAGAAAAAAUUAAAGCUUUGGCAGACAAUUCUAAUGGCGAGAACGUUGAAUCAGAAAAAGACGAAGAUAGCUCUGAUGAAGAUGUUGAAAAUGAAAAGGAAUUUGCAAAAAUCAAUAAUAUAACUUAUAACCAGAGUAACAAGCAGUCGUACUGUCGCGUAUGUGAGGUACAUCUGCCGGCUAACUUAAAGUCAAUGAAGGAGCAUGUUACAGGAGCGAAUCACAAGAAACUUACCAGAUCCAGUUCGACGUGUGUGCCCCAAAUAAAAAAUCCUACAAUGCUAAUAAAGAAGAAAACCGAAGACUUUAUUGAGUCGCUGUACGAUGUCGAAAGCAUGUUCGAUAGUUUAUCUAUUGUUAAUGAGGAAUAUUGUAUCUCUAAAAAUAGUUUGACUUUUUUAACUGUAAGUCAAUCACGGGAUUCACGGGUACGGUGUUUACUAUGCGAUGUGACAUUGCCGCCAUAUUCUGAUACAGACGACCAUAUUAAGACGAGAAGCCAUUUGAGCAAAUUUAUUGAAGUUCCAGUCGUUGUGUCGGUGGAAAACGAAUUUAUUAGAGAGGUUAAACGGGGCCUGUACCACUGUGGAUACUGUGAGCUGGUCGUGUCUAGCUGGGCCGACAUGGAAAAGCAUUUGGAGUGUUCCGACCAUAAGGACAACAGGAGGAGAGGAGAGCAGCGUUUGAUAACACGUCUACCAGGCUUACAAAACUACAAAUUACAGAAGGCAAUUGAAGCCAUGACUUUAAGAAGAUUAUUUAACAUGUUUUAAAAUACAGGUAAAGAUCUAAUCGCAUACAACAUAUGGUAUGAGUUUUGUCUACAUCAAAAACAAAAAAAUAUUUUCCAAAUAACUUAUUAUGACAACAAGUACCUAUAUAAAUAGUUCAUCCAUUGAAUAAAUUAAAUA